GAAUGAACUUCGGCAAACUGAGCGAUGAAAACGCUAAGCCUAAGUUACUUUUUGGGGCACCCGCUGAUAUAGUGGACGAUAUGGAUCACUUAUCAGUUAGAGAAACUAAUGAUACAUCAUCGUCUGCAAAUGACACUUUCAAAACGAAGACCAAUAAAUCGGAAGGCAUUUCGGUCCCUGACAAUGACUUAUCUGAUGAAGAUCUUGCGUUUGUCUGCGACGAAGCAGUUUCACCUUCGAAGAAAUUCAAUUUAAAAACUACAUAUUCUCUGGAUCAAGCAAUGGCUGGCAACAAAAAGAAACGGAAACGGAGAGGAUUUAAGGCCAGUUUGGCCACUGGAAUGGUUCUCCCGGGACUCCAAACGGAAGGUCAAAAUGAUGAAACAGAAUUGAAACUUCCAAAUGAACAACUGAAUGCUAAAAGCGACACUAACGCAAUAGAAAAUUUGUUCGUUAUCUGGUCCCAAAAUGCAAAUAUAAAAAACUGUUUGUUUUUCGAGACACUUACAUUGUCAUUUCGGGAUACAGAGCGACCUUUGACAUUUUUUGCGAAUUCAUUGGUCAAGUUCAACUCUGAAAAUGUGCUAAAUAGUGAUCUAUUUGAAAAAUCCUUCGAGUUGCUGGAAACUUUUUUGAUUAAAAACCCGAAUCGAAUCGACAGUAAUUUGGAGAUAACAGUUCAACAGAGUUUGUUGGAAUCAGUUUGUGAGCUGGAUUUUACGCCAAAUCUGAAAAAGUGCCUCGAAUUGUAUCGAUUAAAAGACGUGAUGGGAAAUGCAUUUGUGUUUGUUAUUCAAAAGCUGAUUGGCAAAAAGAACUUCAAGCAACUAGCUCUAAUCGUUCACUAUCUGAACCUGUUUGCCUUCGUGGACCUCACUCGUGACCUGUUCAUGCCCCUCGUGGCUCAGAAUAAUGUGAAUGUGCUCGAGAUCAUUCUGUCAGGAGAAGAGACCCUUCAGUGGGAUCUAGUCUACUUCCUCGAUUCUGUCUGCUCUCCCAAAUACAGGUUCACUGACGCACUGAACGAGACAUACGAGGACGGAGCGGAUGCAAUUCCCAAGAUUCAAUACGACAAAAUUCGUCCAAUGAGUGUGAGUAAACUAACUCGGCGUCUGAUGAAAAAGUGGGGCAUGGAGAUGGAGAAAGCGCACAAUGUGUACACUGGACAGCUGCUGAGCCAGAUGGACUUCUACUUACACACCAGAUACGACCAGCAAAUGAGUCAGCAAUCUCGGGCUGGCAGCACUGCAGGAGGAGGGGGAUCCACAGAUAACAUGGACGAACUAAUUCACUCCAUCGCAGUUCAAAGAGACGAACUCAAAGUCGAAUUAGUGCGAAAGUGUCUGCACUAUAACGACAGAAACAUGGCCCUGACUUGGUUCCACUACUACGACCUUAAACUAAUUGACCUUGAAGAAGACAUCAAACCCGUGAUUGAAGAGUACCUUAAAACUGGAGUUUACAAAAUCCAGAAGCUGCCUUUCAGCGAUCAAAAAUUGGACCCCAGCCUCGGAUCAAUUGAAUGCAGCGAAACAAAUCCAAGUUUCGAAUCUUUCGGAGGCUUGAACCCGGAAGUCAAGCCAGGGAUUUACUACACAUUAAGGAUUACGGAAUCAAAUAUUGUAAUUGUAGAUGAUUUCAACAUGUUCAUGCGCGCUGCUGAUUCUAUUGUCAAGAAAAAGAUUGUAAGAAUGGUAGGACUUGACUGUGAGUGGAAACCUGGGUUCGAGAAAACGGCGAACCAGGUUGCUCUUUUACAACUCGCAACUUCUGAUUUUGUGUACUUAUUCGACUUAACAGUCAUCGAAUCUAAAAUUGAUCCUUGUGUUCUGAAGUGGUUUUUCAAACAUCUUUUUACCUCAAGAAGAAUUACAAAACUUGGAUUUGGUUUUGGUAGUGACUUGAAUGCUCUCGCGAGUUACUCGUUUUUCUCAGAGUGUUUGCAAGAUGCGUAUAUUCGAAAUUUAGUCGACAUUUGUGAUCUGGUACAGAAGGUGGAGACGUCAUAUCCUUCAUUUUUCCCCUAUUCUGCGGCUGAUCUACCGAUUGAUCACAGACAAGAAAAAGGUCUAAGUUUGACAGUGUUCAAAUGUUUUGGAAAGAUUUUAAAUAAAACCGAACAAUUGAGUAACUGGGAACGAAGACCUCUAAGAGACGCACAGAUACUGUACGCAGCAUUAGACGCUGCUUGUCUUAUAGAUAUCUACAGUUUCAUUACGAGCAGAUUGAAUGAGUUGGAGACCAAAAGUGUCGCGUCGUUGCAGAGUGAACAUGUUUCAACUGAUGUCAAGGAGUCGAACUUGAACAGAACCCCCAAUGAUGACUUGGCUGCGGUCUCCUCGACUCGUGAUGUCGACCAGCACGUAGUUUCGUCAGCCACAACAGGCAGUAGACGCCGUGCGAUUGUCAACAUGUUCGGGGAGCCAGUGGCGGUGAUUAAACGGCGCUCAGGAGAAAAAUUGGAGGUUGGGGAUCUGAAGUUUGUAGUGGACGGGAUGUUAGAGGGCAUUGUGAAGUACCUCAGGAUGUGGGGUAUAGAUUGCAUCACUGCCUCGCCCGUAAACGAUCCCCAGGAAGCGCUUGAUGUAGCGAUGAAGGAAAAGAGAGUUCUUCUGACAGCUGGCAAGAACUACCACAUGGCUGCCAAACAGAUAGGAGUGGAACAGGUGCUGGAGGUCAGCACUCUGGUCAAGGCCAUUGACCAGGCCAAAUACGUGUUCAGACACUUCGGCAUGUCCCUAGACAAGUCGCUACUCUUUCUACGCUGUAGUUUAUGCAACGGAGAUGAUUACAUCACAACGCCAGCCCCUGUAGUUCGUGCGCUUGUAUCAAUUCUGGAUGGAAAGCACUGCAACUGGAAGAAACUGGCCGGCCACGAGCUCUUCUUCUCAGACCACUUCGACCCCGAGACAGCUGCCAUUCUCAAGUCGGGUAACCUGCCAAUCUUCGAGGGCAUUGCUCCAACUGUGUUCGACCAAGAGCAGGAGUACUACAUCUGUGUCAAGUGUGGAAAAGUGUAUUGGGAGGGAGGACACCACGAGAGAGCCAUGAAAAACUUCUCUGACCUUUGGUUCAAUCAAGAUCAGAACUGAAUCUAUACAUUAGAUAAAUUAUUUUCCCAUGUGUUUAUUUAAGUGACGUGCUUAUUCAUUAUUUAAAAAAUAUAUGCGUGUUGUCCCGGAUUAGAUAGCGCUACUCGCGUAAUGCGACUAAUCAACCAGCAAAAUAUUAAGUGCCGA